AUGCUGUUGCUCCCAAAACUCAGUGAGGGGUCCUGCGGCUACGAAUCCCGGGAGCAACAACAGGACGAUUUGGCUUUGGUCCAGCAGCAGGAGCAGCAGCAGCAACAGAAAGACCAAGAAAAACACCGACUGCAGCAACAAUGUAGUCAGCUGGUCCAGCCCGUCGUUCACCAACAGGACCCUCCACAGGAAGACCAGCAUUACAGUGGCACGCACCUUCAGAAACGGAAGCAGCAAAUUGGUAAUCAGAACCAGCAACUACAGGUUGAUCAAAACAGGCGGCAAGCGCCGAUUCCUAACGAAGACGAGCAGCAGCGCCGUCUCCUUUGUCGGGAAGAGCAGGAAAAGCACCACCUGACAGGCUACUCAGCUCGCACAACUGCAGCUACAGAUGUGGUGGAGAGCUUCUCGGGAAGUUCAGAAGUUGUGCCGUGUUGCGUGUCGACUCUACCGCUACCCACAGCAGCAGUAGAAGCCGCAGAAGAAGCACGGUCAACAGCAGCAGCUGCAAAUGUUGCUGCAUUGCGGAAAGCUUCGAACCGAAAGCGGCGUAUCAGGAACAAAGGAGCCCAGCAACGAAAAAUUAAGCUAGCAGAGGCUGUUGUUGAAAACACCUUAAGUUCCCUUAGUCGUAAUGCAGCAGAGGCAGAACUGAGAGGCACAGAGGCAACGGAACUGCUCCCGGAAGCGACAGCAGCGGCAAAUGCUCCUUACUGUGGGGCAAAGCACGACGAGGUGAUGCAGCAAGAUGCGCCCGUGCAAGUGAAACCUCGAAAAAGGUAUAAAGGAAAGGCAGCUCCUGCCGUCAAGUGCAGUACGCAACAGCAGCAACUGCAGCGGAUACAGCAAAAAGAGCAACUGAUGCAGCAGCCUAAUUUUUGGCAUUCUCCUGCUAAGCAGCAGAAGAGGCGUCUGCAAGAGCUGCAGCAAGAACUGCAGCAACAGCAGCAACAACAGACCUUUUCGCUGCCCAUCCCACGAGCAAAUGUACAGAGUCUAACAGAGUGUUUGCCGAUGCACGCACAGCCCUGA